AGUUCCCGCAAAAUUAAUCAAAUUUUGUGCAACGCGAAAAUACACACACACACAAAAAAGAUAUAUAUUCGAAUAACAAAAAAUACAACUAAAUAUCGUGUCAUUGCUGUUGACAAAAAGUGCAAUACAAAUACAAAUAUAUAACCAAUAAUAAUAUAUUUAUUACAAUCAAUUACACAUAUUGUUAAUCAAAAGUAAUAAAAUACGCAAAUCAAGGCGAUAUAUUGCAUGUACAUAAAGUGCGGUUAACAAAAUACAAAUUGCAAGAAUAACAAAAAAUUAAAUCAAAAAAAUAAAACUAAAAAAAAAAACAAACAAAGCCAUACGACCGGAUUUGAUUGCAUUUUUUUGCGGUGUAAUUGUAAAUUUGUUGACGCUGCUUUUUACUGGCCCAAAGUAUCAGAUUCAGUUUCGCCGUUUCGAGUUUAUAUGAAUUCUGUUUUCUGAAUUUCCGCUCGGACUCGAAAGCUCAGCAGAAAAUUAAAACUCUUUCGUCGGUCCAAUGAUAGACUCCCGACGAUACUACGCACAAACCCAUGUUGGAUUAUAAUUUAUACCCUUAAAUUUGGGGGCUACAAUGCGGCCAGAAGUAUACGAUGUUACCACAGUCCAUGCUGACCAAUGUCAUAACUAUUUUUACACUGAUUGCUUUUGUGAUGCCAGCAGGCGCCGCGAAAAAUGUUCUAACAUUGAGCAAACACAGCGAUCGGGCGCUGCACAUCAAUUCGCACGGCAAAGUGACCGCCGAGAACAUAUUGCGAUCAUAUCAAUACUUCACCAUGAAAGCUGUCAACGAUGUGUUCAGCUUGGAUUUCAAAAUCACCAUCUACUCGGCAGAUGUAGGCUACUAUCUGUGCUUCCAUCAAGGCAGACUGGUUGGAAAGAAAAACGCCACAAAGGAAUGCCAUUUUAAGGAGCAGAUUUUUGGUGGCCAUCAAAACUUCAGCAGCGCCUACAAUCCAAUGCUGCGAGUUGGUUUUAAGGGAAACUUAAAGCCAAUUGGCUUAAAUGAUUUUGCCAAGCCGAAAGUGAUGGAGAAGGCCAUAUUAUUUUUCUUUCCUUUGAAUGAGAAGAAGUUCAAUUUGCAUUUGGCAAACGUAUUGAGCAAAAGCUCUACUACCACAACAACAACUACAUCAACAACAACCACAACAACAACAACAACCACAACACCACCCAGUACUACCAAAAUCAGCUCCACAACAACAAAAACAACAACAACAACAGCUAACCCAGUGGCUGUCACAAAAAGGACGCGUCCGAAAUCGCGUCGCCCAACAAGUAUUAAUAGCGAUAGUAGCAACAUCCAUAACCCUGACAACAGCAACAGUAAUAGCCUUAAGUCCUACAACCAAGCCAAUAGCAACAACAACAAUAACAACAACAACAACAACAUUGAGCUGGAUCCGCAGCAACAGGAGAUCCUGCAAAGGAAUCGCAAGCUGCAUCGCCGCCUGAGAUUGCAACAGAAGAAGCAACGAAUGCUAGAAAAGCAACAGCAGCAGCAACAUCGCCGUCGCCAUCGGCAACAUGGCACAUCGGGUCUGAUGGCCCAACCGCAGCCCAAAAAUCUGGUGGUCCGACAUCAUCACAAUAAUUCCACCAUAAUGGAGCGACGUAGACGUCGCCGUUUGGAGCGGCAGCAGCACAAGUUGCAGCGGGAGUUGUGGGAGCGGGAACAGCGAGAGGCGGGCGAUAAGGAGAGAGAACGCGAGCGGGUGGAACACCUGCCCAAGGCCACCUCCUCAGCCUCAUCCUCAUCCUCAUCCUCGUCAACGGCCACAUCAACGGCCUUGACUGCCACAGCUGCCUCGUUGGCACCCAGCGCUUUUAAUCUGGUGGCCAUAAUGGCCGCAAGUCGUAGGAAGCGGGACAGGCGAAAACGCUCGACAGGAGCAACAGGUGGUGCGGGUGGGGGUGCAACAGGUGGUGCAGCAAGGGGAGGUAACAAUAGUCCACCCGAUGCUGAUAUGCAACUGGUUGAACUGCCCUCGCAGCGAUUGCAGCAGCAGCAGCACCAGGAUGAGCCACAAAACGAAUACUCAAAACCCUAUGUUAAUAGUAACUUAAAUUUAAACUUAAACUUAAACCAACUAAUUGAUAGUAAUAGCGCUAAUGUUAAUCAUGCAAUACCUGCCUUGCCAAAAAACUACAACUACUUGUACAGUAACGAGCAUUAUAAUUUGAAUACUAAAAGUAGCACGACUGAUUCUAGUAGUUUAGACGUUAGCACUAAGUUCGAUAGUCCAAAUAGCCAUAGCCCUAGCCAUAGCCAUAGCCCUAGCCAUAGCCACAGCGCGUUCAAUCAGAAUAUUGACAAUAAUCUUAAGCAAUUAAACGAUCGAAUUGACAAUGUCUCAACUGAGAAACCAGUUGAGACAUCCGUGACCCAAGAUGACCAAGGUGACCUUGAGGAGACAGUUAACGAAGAAACUGUUGUUGAGAAUCGCAAUCAUAUUGAUGCUAAUAAUAUAAUCGACGAUAGCUAUCCGAACGAUGAGGAGCACGAAGAGCUGAUUCUAAAGAAACUUCUUCGUAGCUUUCAAAAGCUGCAACAGCAACAUGUGCAGCAGCAACAGCAACAGCCACAGCAGCAGCAACAGCAGCAGCAACAACCUAAUAUUGAUAACCCUAACGUAAAUAUUAAUGUUGUUAACAAUAAUCAGAAUCAUAAUGAUAAUGGGCUGCUGACAAAUAAUAACCAUAAUAGUAAUUACAAUGAGCAAUUUGCGAAUGACGAUGAAACGAUACGAAUUCAAAAUAAUAAAUAUGAAACACAUAUAGUACAAUACAAACAUGCGGUAUUUAUUUGGAAAAUAGUUGGGGGUUUCUCUGGGAAAUUAUCUCUAACUUUCAAGCAUAUCAUUUUUUUAAGGCGUCGAAGGAAGGCUUACAGCUAAAGGAAAUAAUCGUAG